GGAAGCCGCGCCGAUGAUUUGUGUGCGCCGCUUGCCUGCGCGUUUAGCGAGGGGUGUCGGGAGCCCCGCGCUGCGGCGAGUGACCCCGGCCGGCCAAGGAUGAUCACGAACACGCGGGGCUUCCUGUGGUCGGACCUGGAGACGCGGGCGCUGCUGGAGAUUUGGGGCGAGGCGGACGUGCAGUCGGCGCUGGACGGCAACUUUCGGAACAGCCAUGUGUACCGGGACGUGGCCUGCCGCCUGGCCGAGCUGGGCUUCGAGCGCACCCCCGAGCAGUGCCGCAUCCGCAUCAAGGGCCUCAAGCGCCAGUACUACCAGGCCCGGGACGGGCUGAAGAAGAACGGGCACGCCCGCAAGAUAUGCAAGUACUACGACGAGAUGGACCGGAUCCUCAGCUGCCGGGGGGGGCCCGACGGCGCACCGGAGCCGCUAGCCCCGCCGCCCGACGGCGCCCAGCCGGCGGGACCGCUGGCCGGGCCGCCCACGCCGGGAACGCCGCACAACAGCCGGGAGGUGGACGCCGAGCUGGACGAGGACGCGGAGCUGGAGUCCCCCCGCGACAACUUCACCGAGGACUCCGGGGAGUGCUCCUCCUACGCCGACCACCCCAUCAAGGUGGAGUGCCCCCCCUUCGCCAUCCCCGUGCCGCCGGGAGACGGCUUUAAAGAAAUCAGUGCUCCAACUAUUACGCCACCUCUCAGUCAGCCCAAAAGAUCAAAAAAGCGCCAUGCAAAUUUAACAUUGGAUAAAAUGAUGGAAAAAUUUCUGCAGCAGAGCGUCGAUACAGAAGAGAAAUUUUACAGAUAUGAAGAGCAAAGGCUAAAAAUUGAGGACAAGCGUCGGGAAGCUGAGCAUGCUCGAGAGCUACAGAUGUUACAGAUGCUGGGACAGAUGUUGGCAGGAAUUUCUUCCUCGGUAUCACAAAGGUCACAGUCUAUACCAGCGAGUCCACCUCAGAGAGCAAACCAUCGUUCAUAUGGGGAUAACUUUAAUUAUAAUGCUAUGACAGCAGCACUUUCUCCACCGAUAGUUAUAGAGAGAUCUUUUUCACUGCACAGAACACACUCUCUAAAGGAUAUGGAGAAUAUUUUUCAGCUGGUGCGCAAUGUUAUCCCUCCUCUAACAGGGAAAAGGCAUAAAGGUCAAGAUGGACGUAUAGGCAUUGUUGGAGGAUGUCGAGAAUACACUGGAGCACCGUAUUUUGCUGCGAUUACAGCUCUCAAAGUGGGUGCAGAUUUAUCCCAUGUGUUUUGUACCAAAGAUGCAGCAACAGUAAUCAAAUCGUAUAGUCCAGAGCUGAUUGUUCAUCCAGUUCUUGAUAGUCCCAAUGCUGUCCAUGAGGUGGAAAAGUGGUUACCACGACUGCACUCAGUUGUCAUAGGACCUGGUUUAGGUAGAGAUGAAGCUCUACUUGAGAACGCUAAGGGUAUUAUAGAAAAAUCAAAGGUGAAAGGAAUUCCUAUCAUUAUUGAUGCUGAUGGACUGUGGCUCAUUUCCCAGCAGCCUUCUCUUAUUCAAGGUUACCAGCGAGCUAUUCUUACUCCAAACUAUAUGGAGUUUAGUAGACUGUAUGAAGCCAUGCUUAGAGACCCCGUAGACAGUAGUGAUCAUCAUGGAUGUGUGUUAAGACUCAGCCAAGCCAUGGGGAAUUUGACAAUUGUUCAAAAGGGAGAAAGAGAUCUUAUUUCAGAUGGAGAGAAAGUACUUGUGUGCAGUCAUGAAGGAAGCAGCCGGAGAUGUGGUGGACAGGGGGACCUCCUUUCUGGUUCUCUCGGAGUCUUAGCACACUGGGCAUUUCUUGCUGGAGCAGAAAAAACAAAUGGUCAAAAUCCCUUUCUAGUGGCUGCAUUUGGAGCCUGCUCUCUGACAAGGCAGUCUAACCACCAAGCUUUUCAAAAAUUCGGACGUUCAAUGACUGCCUCUGACAUGGUUUCAGAAGUUGGAACAGCUUUUAACAAACUUUUUGAAACCUGAAGCCAAAGCAGAAGAGACAAAGAGGAAGAACAAUGACUGCAAGAGUAAUUACAUUUAAGUAGAAUUUACAUAAGUAAUGCACCCUUUCAAGUGCUGUAGCAGCAUUGGUAUGCUAGGUAGAUUUUUUUUAUUUUUAAGAAUAGAAAAAUAUGAUUAAUGUAGAUAUUUUUUAAGAGUUUGGAAUACAAAAAUGUUUUGGCUGAAAUAAGCUGUAGUUGCAGAUCUGUUAUAAUAUAAUAAAACUAAACUGAAAGUAUUCCUCUGUUCUUUUUGAUAGUUAUUGAGCAAUAACUAAAGUGUGAACAGCAAAAAAAAAAUAAAUAAAUGCACUUGAUACUUAGGUAAAAUUCUUCCACCAGCUCAACCGAAUUUCUUGGAUUGCACCAAGGUUGUCAUGUUUUCAUUCUUAGAUCCUCUGUCUAGAAUUAGAAAUUGCACUUAAAUUUUUUUGCCAUGCUAGUAUAUUAAGAAGCAAAAAGUAAGCCUCUUUGGAAAGGGAAUGCAUGAGAGUUGCUGUAGCUUUUGAAUGUAAUUAGUUGCCUUUUCCCAUUCCCAGUCCCAGAGGCAGCGUUUAUUGGGACAGUACAGUCCUUCCUCCAGCAUCCUGGGUUUUUCUGGAAAGCUUCCCCAGUGCAGAAUAAGGAUAUACUGUGGGUAUGUUAGCAUUAAACACUAAUUGUUUUUUCCUGAAAACAUUUUCUGUUCCUUUAAUGGGCCUUGUCUAGAACUCAGUAUGCUGAAAUUAGCAUUUGGAGAGAGGUACCAGGUGAGCUAAGAAACUUAAGAGAUACCAAACUGAACUGGCCCAACCUCUCCAUGAUCCUGGAAGAGUGAAAUGAUUUCAAAACUCACGUUGGCUGCUGAGUUAGAGCCCUGUGAAGAUCAACCUCGGUACACGGGUGUCUGUGACCCAGCAGGGACAGGAACUGAGGGAACAAAUGGCAGCCAGCAACACAUCCCCUGCACCCCUGCUGUGGGGGGACAGCCCAACUCAAGUCAAAAAGGCAAGAGUAGAAAAAUGUUGCUUGGCACCUGAGCUCCCAGUGCAGCACCUGGGCUCAGGGGCUUUUGCUUGCUUGUAGCAAGAGGCAGGAUGUCUGCUGCUAGGGUGAUACUUAGCUGGCUCAUUAGCAGGUACAGAAGAGAGUGAGGUAUAAAGGGAAGGUUGCUUGGGAUAUUUGCACAAUAUCAUCUCUUUGAAUUUUAAAAAAACUCAGAUCUUCUAGGGAUUGAACCAAUAUGGAGAGAGGGGCGGAGAGGGGCUAAGUAAAUUCAGUGGGUUUUGCCCCUAAACCUACAAGCUCCAAGUGUAUGUACUCAUUGAAGUGCAGGAACAGACACAGAAUGUGUCUGUCUGGUUACUGCAAUACAUCUUGCUAUCCACUGCAGCCAGGCUUCUCCAGUCACCCAGCUCUAGGCUGGAAUGUGGUGUCCUGCAUUCAGGUCAGGCUGCAUUCUCAUACCUUGCAAUAGCUGCCCACAGAAAGCACCUGAAUUCAGAAAGGCUGCUCCAAGUGUUUCCCUUCAGCCCUUAUAGUUAAUAUUUCUGGAUGCACUGUGACUACUACCUCACCCCGAUGCAUUUUUGUUUGGGUGUUUUUGUUUUGUUUUUUUCUUUUUAAACCAGUUACCUAUUUUUAAAAUAGGUUUUUAAAUGUUUGUUCAUUUUGGUCUAUGAGGGUUCACAGACUUUUUCAAUUAAAGCAAAGUCUGCUCAGAAGAGAUGGGGUUCUGGUGUUUAAUUUAAGCAGUUUUGUAAACUGUGUACAUCUUUGGGGAAAAACUAAGCUACAAUUGUUUUCCCCAAUAAAACUAUUUGAGAAGCUUGAUUCCUUUAAAUAAAAUCAGAAAGUAAAAACUGAUUUUAAAACAGCUACUGGAUUUCAUUUAAAAUGAGCAGUUUUUUUGGUAUUUAGAACCAAAUGGUAUGAUAAUCUAAAUAGCAUUUGUAGGCGAAGUCAAUCGAUGAACAGCUCAGUACAGAUUUCAACCUGCCCUGUUGGUUUUAAAUCUACACAGAAGUUGUAACUGUUCUUCACUAAUGUAUACAAAUUGUUACAUUUUUAAACAUUCUGGAAAUGUAGCAGUUUCUUUGGGUAGGAAAUAAAAAUAAUAGCAAAU